UAAAAAAAAAGGGUGUCCGUCUUACCGGUUAAUUACUACUAACUUGCUAAUUCAGAGAAACCCUUGGAACUUCCCUAAACAACCACCAUGGGCUCCCGUUUUCCUCCCACGAGCUUGCACCUCCACCACAACCACCGCCUCCUGGUAUGGCCCAAUUCCACCACCUUUUCUCCUACUUUCUUCAAUUGUUUAGCAUCCUUCUGUAGUCGUACUCAAUUCACUACCACUUAUAUCCCUCAUCUUCACCGCUCGUGUCUAUUGUCAUCCUCCCAUCCCAGAAAAUGGUCUACCCACUGCCGUGCCACCAGCCCUGGCCCACCAUCACCCCCGCAGUUGGACCCGCCUCCUGGAGAUAAUCCACCUCCUUCCUCAGGACUCAUUUCAAGUUUCUCUAGGAUUAAAGAUACUGUGCGGAUCUUCUUUGCUGUUCUCUUCUGGAUGUCUCUUUUCUUCUGGUCUUGCGUGUGGGAUGGGAGAAAUAUUGGAAGACCAAAGAAUGGAUCUCGAUUUAGAAGAUGAGAUAGUAAGCGUUUGUCGUGUAUAUUUUAUAGAAGUUAAGCAUAACAUGGACAAGUAAAGCGGUCAAUCUUGUAAUCAAACCAACAAAUAAUGAGAAAAUCCCUAUGAAAUUCAUGUGAUUUCAGUUCUUAUAUCUGCCUUCACAUGAUAUUCUGAGGCUGUUCACUGGGUUUGAUCACUUCUUGUAUCCAAGAAUGUUACACUGUAUUCACUACAUAUUUGGAACUGUGAUGAUGCCAUCAUCUUUUUUGUGGUUGGUAAUCAACUUAUCUUGUUGCUGGAAAAGUUCCUAUGAUUCAGUGAAAAAAAAGGUACUAGAAGAGCUGGCAUGGAAAUUAUUUUGCCAAUUAACGCAUAAGAACUCAUUGGAGGCAGCGGGUGAUAGCCCAUCCUAACCUUCAUGCUGCAAGUACUUGAACCAAGGUCCUUAAUCAAGGAAACUAAGUGCUACCAACCCUGCCAUUUCUUGCAUACAUGACACAAGUGAACUGCAUCCUCUGAAUAUUUGUUGACUCAAAGAGGAAAAGAGAUGGAGCGGCAGAGAGAUUUUUUUCUCUAUUAAAUUGUUGCUGAGGAUGGUUUCUGUGUUAUGAGAAUCUAAUUUCCUAUCUAAAUACUUUGUCUUAGGAGGUAGGACGUCACCGUACAUAUUUAAUGAGGAGAGACAAAAUCCUGGGAAAUGCGUUUUCCUUUGAACCACCACCUUGUAACUCUCAUCAUUAUAUAUGAAUAUUUAGUUCCUUAUUUUUAUUUC